AGCCUGCCGGCCUGCCGGCGGGAUGGCGGAGUCCCAGGUGCUUCUGCUGGACGAGUCGCACGUCAACGAGAAGGUGACGGAGGCCCAGGCUCGCUUCUACUAUAGCGAGGAGCAGCGUCGGGCCCUGGAGACGCUGGUGACGCGGGGCGAGGCGGCGUACCGGGAGGCCCUGAGGAAGGAGCAGCUCCGCGACUUUCUCUCCAGCCAUGAGCUGCAAGCCCUGCGGGGCGGCUGGCGGGGAUACGACGACCCCCGGGAGAGCGGCAAGGCGGCGCGGGGACCCGGCGGCGAGACCCUCUCGUUGGCCUACUGGCCCGAGUGCUCGGACACGGAGGUGCCCCCGUUGGAUUUGGGUUGGACCGACAAGACCUUCUACCGCGGUAUCAGCCGGGUGGCCCUCUUCACGCACCCACGCAAGGAGGAGAGCUCGCCCCACCUGAAGGAGGUGGUGCGGGAGAUGAUCCAGCAGGCGCAGAAGAUUAUUGCAGUGGUCAUGGAUGUAUUUACAGACCGGGACAUCUUCCGUGAUAUUGUUGAUGCAGCUUACAAGCGCUGGAUCCCAGUCUAUAUAAUCCUAGAUGAGGAGAGUGUGAAGCUCUUUCUGGAAAUGUGCAGAUGCCUUGACCUCAGUGACUUGCAGAUCCGGAAUAUCCGCGUACGUUCUGUGACAGGAGUUGGGUUCUACAUGCCAGCAGGGAAGAUCAGAGGCACGUUGGCAUCCCGAUUCCUGAUGGUGGAUGGUGAAAAGGUGGCCACUGGAUCAUACAGCUUCACAUGGAGUUCAUCCCACAUUGACAGAAACAUCCUGCUAGUCUUGACAGGACAGCAUGUGGAGAUGUUUGACGUUGAGUUUCGUGAGCUCUAUGCCAUCUCAGAGGAAGUUAAUUUCUACAGGGAACUGGGUAUUGCUAACCCAUUCCUUCUUGGAAUUGGGAAGCCAGGCCUUCAUUCCUCCACCGUGGCUCGGAAGUUCAUUAACCCCAAGUAUGGUUUAGUGGCAGGGGCAACCCGUGGUGAUAUGAUGCUCUGGGCUUCACGGAACAGGCAGGAUAAUGAGGGGAACAUGCAAAAGGAGGAAACAAGUGAGUCAAAGAAGCGGUUAAAUCAGUUUCUGAAUGACUUAGUCACAUUGGAGCAGGAGUUCCCAGAAAUUGAUCCACCUCUGGAGAACUUGAACAAGCUGAAUCGGAGCCCUCAGAAACUGUUCUCCCGGCUCCACGUGGACCUGAAAAAUAAAUCCAAAUCCAGAGAGUCUAUUCGUGAUGUGAAGAAAGAAGAUGCACAGGCCAAUUCAAAGCAAGGAAAACGGUUUGCCAGUGGGCUUUUCAGUCGCAAGGCCAAACGGUCUCCAGGCUCAAGCAUAGAGGCCAAUUCUUUUGCCAGUGAAGGACAUUCAGGGGAAGACCUUGGGAACAUGAAACUGGAAUAUGAGCGGCUCAGCAUUGGCCAUGCCAGUGUUCGGAGCACUGGAGGCAUCUCAGGUAACGUAGGUCCAAACUCCACUACAAGCGAUAAAAACAAACAAUCUACCUGUGUGUUAUCUUGAUUGGGAAGGAUUGUCUGGAGAACUGAAGACUGAACAAGCUGGAACAGUAACCUCUUGAUUGAUUUUUGAACCUACAGCCAUAUCCUCACGCAGUGGUCUGUAAAGCCACUGCGCAGUCCUGGAUGCACCUGGCAGCCCCAGUUAAAGCACAUUUACUGGGUGAAGCGUAGACUUUGGAUGGUUGGUCCCUUAAAUGAGGGUUAGUGAUGAAUGUAUUAGUCCACAUGUCUGUGUGCACACAUAUUUUAUAUAUAAAAACAACUGUGAUGACUGGUCUCAGAGCUCACUCUGUGUCCAGAUAAAUGCAGGAGAUUUUCUGACUUACUUGUGCUGCUACAUCAGUCUGUCUAGCUGCAGACUCAGAAUCACUGUGUUGCAUUGUUUACGCUACCACACUGCAGAAAUGUAUUGGUCUGACUGGCUGGAAGGCUACAUCCAAUCGAAGUGGCAAAUUCUGGGUGAAAUAAGGAUGUUUACAGACAGCGUAGCAAUCCUUUGUCCACAAGGAGUCUUCCUGUAGAUUCCUGUUGUCACUUAUCCACACAGAAACGAGUGGUCUGGGAGAAGGGUUUAGCUAGCAGAGGCCAACAGAUUAGUAUCUGAACUGUUUCAUGUCAUAAAUAUAGCAGCCAAACAAAGUGACUUAGCAAGAAUGUAGUAAAGACAAAAAAAUGGAACAUAGGGGGAUGUUUAACCUGCAGUUGAGACUAGGUCAGAAGAAAUGCCUUAUCAGGGGGACUGGGCAGAUCUGGGAGCAAUAACGCAGCCUUCAGUGGCUGUUACAAAAUCCUGUUUGUUCCUAAUUCAGCAAUACUUUACCAUUCAUGGAAACUGAAUGAUUAAGGAGCACAUCUUUGAGGGUUGAAAGAGGAAGCAGAGGAGGCAGACAAGCUUUUCAAAUGUUCCUUUUUUUUUUUUUAAGUUAACCUUUCCAAACUCUAAAUCAUGCCAAAAUCAAGAGCUUUGAUCCGUAAGAAGCAUUGCAUGCCAUCAGACCAAAGGCCAUCUAAUCUGCUAUCCUGUGUCUGAGGAUAGCCAGCAACAGGUGAUCACAGUAGCACAAAAUAUAAAGCUUGCAUACAGAGGUAUUUCUCUGACACUGUCCCAGCAGUCUAUGGACUUUCUGAACUGGCAGUUCCUGCUGGACCUGGCCUUAAUGAAUGCACUUGGUCCCUUUUUAAAAAUCCUUCUCUACUUUUGGCCUUCACAGUGUUCUGUGGCAAUGAACCCUGAGUUCAUUGUGUGGUAUGAAAAAAGAACCAUUGCCAGGCUGUUUUAAUGGUUUUCUUGAUGAUUUCAUUGAGUGACCCUAAUUCUUCCACUAUCAGAUGGAGUGAUGACCACCCCUAUUCUUUGUCUCCUUGCCACUUGUGAUUUUACAGACCUGUAUCAUAUAUAUCCUCAGCCAUCAUGUUUUCCAAGUUGCAGGUUCAUGGUAUACGUAGCCAUUCAUUAUAUGGGACCUGAUUGACACCUCUGUCCUCUUGUUCACUGGCCCUUUUCCAAUUCUACCCACUAACAGAGUGGAGAAGCAGGUUGGUUUUGUUUCUUUGGUGUGUGGAUUGAUGUUUCGCUCUGCUUUCUUGCCAUCUAAAUUACAUACUCUGCUGUCAUAAAUAAGCCCUCUUGUGAUACCCAAGAAAAAGAAAUCCUAAUUGUAAGUAGACACCUGAAAACUAACAUACCUACUUGCAAAAGAACUAUUCAGACAUCAGAAAAACACAGGUUUAUCUUUCUUUGUUUAGAGAAACUGUUUGGGUUUUUCACUACACAAGAAAUUCACAGCAAAGGCAACUGCUGCACUCCCAACACAGAACAAGCUGUUCCAAAGACUAUUCCAGGUGCUGGGUUGCAGUAGUGGUUGUUACAUUGAAACAGCUGUCUGUAGUUGGCAAUAAAAUGCAAUUGAUUGAUUGAUUGAUGGUUGAUUAACUGCCUUUCCUGGAAGUGUAUUUAACCUGAAUGGCAAGCAGCUCUGUUUUGCUCUGCGUUUACUCUGCAGAAUGUCUUGAGACCCUAAAAUACCAAAGGUGGUGUGCCCUCUGUUAAACAUACUCAUCCUCACUUGGUGGGUUAAAUGCUUGCUACUCUAUAUAGCUAUUCUAUAUAGCCUUCUGGGAACAAGCUGCACUUUUACAGCUGGGUCUGUCAGCUGCUAUUAUCAGCAGUGUUUUAUAAAAUUGUUCCUGGUAAUGGGAGAAAAGAGGUGUUGGAAAUGACACCAUCACUUGGAUGUAGAAGUAACAAUACAUGAGUUAUCCUGUUGGCUUCAGGUGUACGGCUCGUGUGCCAAAAGCUACUGGCUGUUUGUUUGUAGGGAUGUCUAAAAUGGCUUGAUUUUGCCAUAUUUCCGUUAUUCUCCAGAUGUUUGGGAGAUUUUUUUUUUCUCUCCUUGUAUUUAUUUCACUUUGUUAGCAGAGAUCAGAGAUAAAUUUAUCAGGCCAACAUUGUUCCACUUUUCAUUCUGAUAAGAUCAUUGUCAUCUGGUGCUUCCUUGUUCUCCCAGACUUUUAAAAUAUUUAUUUAUUUUUUAAUUGUGCAAUAGGUUAAUUAACUAAUUAGUACCAUGUUGAUAUAUAUGGUCAGGUUUUCCAGGAAGUCCUCUAUCUCUUUGUUUUUACGUCUUUGUUGCUUCAUCUUGGGUGGAGUGAUUUCACAAAUAGUCCGAGAGGCUGAUUUCACUUGCCCUUCCUUUCUUUCUGUGCUUACUUAUUAGCAUGCUUUACUUUCUCUUUCCUAUGACAGAGGUGAGAGUGCUUUACUUUAACCUUGUCAACUAACAGGAUCUCCUUUCCAGAGAGUCUCUCAUCUGUUUGUCUUCUGUUUCGUUGCCACACCAGUUGCUGAAAAGUAGCGUUCCCUUGUUUUUAAAUUCCUUCCCCUGUCACAGAAGUCUCAUGCCUUGACUCCAGGGGCUAGUAGAAUUCCUUAGGCUUAUCACGCACUGUUUAAUUACUUAAUUUGAGAGAGCAAACUUACCUUCUUGCAUGAUAUGAAUCUGCUCCUUAAACUCAGCGUGACUCUUUGGGGAUGCAUGCAGCCUUGCUGAUCCAGAGUGAAUGUUUCAGAUUCUGGUGGAACUUGUUCCUCCCUGAAGAUAAGAUCAGCUGAACUUGGACUAUUUGGCUGCUCCUAUGGCAACACAUCUGAGUCUGGGUGAGGUGACCGCAUUUAUUUUGACUGGUUUUGCUAAUUGUGGUUCUUGAUGAGUGCUAGAAACUUGAGGCUGUGACCUGUAAAAUCAAUCUCUUGUCACUCUCCAGAUAAAAUGUGGUGGAAAAUGUGGUGGAUGGUGCUGGGGAACAGAGGGGCAAGGAGCACUGGUUAAGAAUUCUGUUGAAAGUCUGCUAGCGGAGGCUGAAGGUACAGCAGUACCUACAGCAGUCAUCAGAUAAGCUAUCAUUUGGUCCUUGCCCAAGAUGCCACCUCUUGCAACCAAGUCACUAACCUCCCAAGGGGGCGGGAAAGAUGGGAGACAUUUGUUCUGUUGCUAUUUUAAAGAACAAGAUUAGCUCUCUGGCAUCUGCGUCCUGACCCUGGACAGUCCUAAGAGGACGCCUGUUCUCCGGGUCUCAUUUGCUCUUUGGCUUGUCAGCCCAGGUUUGCUGGCCUGUGUGGUGUACCAUGGGGCCUAUGCUUGCAGUCCUGGUUUUGGACAGAGAGUAAUGAAGCUGGAGUUCACAGCUCUUUCUUUCUGGUGUGAAAUGGUAAGUGGUUCUGAAUGAGCCUCUUGGCUGAAUGUGUGCCUUCUGGGUUUCUUUUGGUAUGCAUUUGUAUAUUUAAUGUAUAUGUGUCCAGUGAAUUAUGCCGGAGACCUUUUCUAAGUCAUACAAAUAAACUCUUUGCUAUGUUACAUUCAGAUAGUUUGUUCAUUGGUGUCACUUUUAAUUUCUCAGCUACAGUUCCUGGGUUUGGGGGAUUUUUCUUGUUUAUUUGUCAAGAACCUGUACUGUCUGGAUUAGAGCAGGUGUCUGUGUAACGUGAACAUGUUUGGCCAAUGUUUGGCAGUGCUUGUUAAAAG